UUGAACCUAAUUAAAAUCAACUGACAAGCUGCUGAAACUAUAAAGCUAACUUGUAUCUGACCUGUCAUUUUAGGUAUUGAAAUUAAAUAUCAGUUCAUCAGCAAAGUUCGAGAUGUAAUUGCUAGUCUCCAAAAAUCAGUGGCUAUUGUUCUUCACUAUCUGUUUGCCUUCUUAAACCAUGUUUCUGAAUUCAGUGAUGAGAAUAUGAUGGAUCCAUAUAACCUGGCUACUUGUUUUGGUCCAUCAUUCCUGCCUAUACCAGAAGACAAGAACCAGGUUCAGUAUCAAAAUUUGUUUAAUGAACUCAUCAAAAAAAUCAUUAUUUACCAAGAAGAGAUAUUUCCUGAUGAUGGUGGAAUAGCUUAUGAGAAGUAUAUCAGUCACAUUGUACCAGAAGAAAUUGAUAUGGAAGAAUCUUCACUAGAUAACUGCCCAGACAGUCUUGAUGCCAUCAGUAGUUCUGAAGUUGAAACUCCUCCUAGUGAAGAUGAACAUGAAGUGUUUGAAGGUGUGGCACAGACUUCUUUCUGUGGCCAGACUGAGCAUGAACUCUCUUUCAAUAAAGGUGACACUUUGCAACUUUACUCUCAAGUCUGUAACAAAUGGUGGAGAGGGAGCUUGAAUGGAAGAGAAGGGCUCAUCCCAGACAAAUGUAUUUUUCUAAGACUAAAUAUUAUGGAAGAUAAAGGUCAACUCAGUCAGGAUGGUAGUAAAGGACAUCAAGCUAGCAGUAGUAGUGAUUCUCUGUCAGGCUCCAGUUCCAGCCCCAAACCUAAAAAAGAGAUAACAGGGCCAGAUACAUUCUUACCAGCAUCACUAGCAACACUGUCAUCAAGUUCGGUAUCCAGUUCUGGAAUCAGUUCUCUGCUUUCCUUGAACAGCCGACGCAGAUUAAGCCUCAGUCCAUCCACGCUACGUAAAAUACAGCUACCAUUAUCUGGUGAGUUUCAACAGCCUAAGCUGGUUCAUUCUUGCAGUGUAGGGGAAUCAAUGGAAGACAGAUUAUAAAAACCUUACAGUGGUUAAGAACUAUUUUUUAAAGGUUCAGUGGAUGAGGAUUAUGUUAACAGUCCUAAAUGAUGACUUAGUUUCGACAGUGUAAGCUAGUUCAUUCUUGCAGUGUAGGGGAAUCAGUGGAAGACAGAUUAUAAAAACCUUGCAGUGCUUAAGAACUUUUUUUAAAGGCUCAAGGAAUGAGGAUUAUGUUAACAGUCCUAAAUGAUGACUUUUUAAAUUUUUCACUGGAUGUUAAGUCUAUUCAAGAGAAAGAAGAUAAAUCUACAAGAAAUAGUUCACUAGAUUUACCAGAACAAACUCAUCUUUUGGUGUGAAGGAUCUGCCCACUAAGUCUCCUGUUUUACUCUUUGAAGGGUUUGUCAUGGGAGAGAAGGAAGACCACAUUAUCGAUUGAAUAUUCAUAUUUGUGAUAGUCCAGAGCUUACCAUAGCAGAAAGAUUUGCUGUAUCAAACCAGGACAGCCAACAGAAAGGUUAUAUGUCACAUACUUCUUGUUCAGCCAGUGACUGGACUCAAGCUGAAUAUACUGUGACUGUUGAUCCUGAUUUUAAUUGGAGUAAAAAUUUAACAAAUGUUUUCUAGAAAGAGAUCAAACAAAGGACAACACAAAAGUUGAAUCCAAGUCCUCACCUGAAGUCCUGAGCAGAAAGUUUCAACCUAGGGAAAGUCAAUCAACUGAUCAAAGCUCAGAAUUUUUUUUUUUAAAUCUAUUUCACAUUUCAUGUGCUUAACCAAAACCCUCAUAGUGAAGAAACUUGAAAGUCCUUCCCAUUCAGUGGAGGCAGUAAAAGUUCCAGAAAAAAAAAUAUUAGCAUCUUUCCAGUGUCAUCUGGUGCUCAUGAAAUAAACUACAGUAGUUAAGAGUGCAAACUGAAAAAAAUAAAUGUUGAUAAAGCAUACAUUGUAUACUUGUAAAGAGUAAACUCAGACAGCUGAGAUUUAUGUGUUAAUAUUGGAAGAUCUUUUAAUCUGUUUAGAAGUGUAGAGCUGUGCAGACACUUAUAAUAGUUCAGACUGGAUCUGAAGAAAACUAAAACUUUGUUAUUGUAUUUAUCAUUUGUUCUUCAACCUAUGUAUUGAAGUUGUGGAAACGUAUGUUCUGAUUAUACUCUGAAAAUUAUAUUGUUCAGAAUAAGAGUUGUAUGUAGUGUAGGAACUAGAAAGAUUGUCCAUAUAGAAACCUAUUUUCCAAGUGCAAACGUUUUAAAAUAUUAAGUAUAAAUGAUUCUUAACAAUUUAAAAAAAAAUCAUUUUGUAAAAAACCAUAAUUGUAAUGCAGUAUUUGAUUAUUCCCAAAAAUGUGACUCUUGAGAUAGUAACAAAACAUGAAACAAUGAGACAUCAAAGUUCUUGAGCUGUACAUGUAGGUGACUUGUAAUGGAAUGUAUAAUACUGUUACGUCUCUGGUCGUUAGUUAAUUUCCCGUAUAAUUUCUUUCCGAUGAAACUUAAGCGACACAAGUCCUUUCUUAAAU